AAUGAAACUGAAGCAGGGCUGUGGUCACAUGACAGGUGGCUCGCUAUAUAGCCGGCUGCCUCGGGACUCUUACUCUUGCUUCCAGAUCUACAGGGGUGUGCCGGCCUUGUGAAGCCCCCUCCCUGGAGGUAUGGAGUGCCCUUCGUGCCAGCAUGUUUCCAAAGAGGAAGCCCCCAAGUUCUGCAGCCAGUGUGGACAGAGGCUGCCUUCUGUAGCCCCUGCACCAGAUUCUGAGAACAACCACCCCAAGGUGACGUCAGCCCCGGAGGGAGAAAUGGAGUGUGGACAAGAGCUGAGGGAGGAAGGCGGCCCUUUCUUGUCCUCAGGCUCAAGUGAUCGGCAAGAAAAUCCAGAUGAGCCCUGUUCUGACGCCUCCUGGACCAUCCAAAGAGUAAGUGCGCCCGGCCCCUGUUGCGUCUUCAGGGGUCCCCAGCAGCUGAAGAGGAAGAAGAAGCAGAACAUUGCGGCUCCCACGGAGCCGGGCUCCUUCUCGGGCCCCCACGGUCUGCAUUCGCUUGGGAACCCUGCGUUCCAGGACGCGGCCCCGCCCCAGUGUGGAGCUCAGCAGAACAGUCCGACCAGCCAGCCGAGCCAGCCGCCCAGCACGAGCGUGACGCCACUGGAGGGCGGUGGCCACAAAGGGCCCCUUGUGCCCACUGAGGCUGGUGGCCGCCCUCUGCAGGGCCAGGCUGUGGGAGGAGCAGAAGCAGCCAUGGGAGGAGAGUCUCUGAGCAGCCCGGCGCCCCAGGACCAGACUCUGGGAGGUGCCCUCCUGGAAGGGAAGGACCACCACACCCCCGACCCCUCCAAGGACAGAGGCUUCCCCCAGGAGGGGGCCGUCCCAACCACCUCUGCUGGUGAAGGACGUCCUGGGAAGGAAGACACUGCCCAGGAGCCUCGGCCUGCCGGGCAGCAGGCCGCAGCCCCCGCCUCUGGGGCAAUUGAUGCUGCAGCCAAGCCAGAUAGUCCAGGGGAAGGGGCUGGGAAAGAAGUUAAAAAUAAGACUCAGAAAACGAAACAGCCGCCAGCAAGCGUGCCUGCUUUUCCAGAACACUGCCAGGAAGCUGAAACCAAGGACAAGACAGCUGUGACUGGAAAGAAAGCGAGUGAAACUGAGAAAGCCAAGCCGGAAGGGAAUAACAGAAAUUAUGCAGCUGCUGUGAAGAAUGAGGAGCAGAGAAAUCAGAAAGCUGGUGCACAUGAAGUUACGGAGAGCCCGCUGAGUCCCGGGGAAGGAGUCACCGUGUACUUCCAUGCAAUCAUUUCUAGACAUUUCAAAUUCAGCCCCAGCUACCACAAAGUAUUUAUCAGGGGAGGAGAAGAAUUUGGGAAACCCAAAUGGAAUCUUAACGUCUGUGAGAUGUCCUGCACCAAAGACUUAGGUGACGAUGGGUUCCUGGUUGAGGGCAGAGCUGUCCUUUCCAAGCAGCACCUGAAUAAGCCCAUUCCUUACAAGUACGUCGUUGCCCGUGACAAGGGCCCUGUGGAGUAUGAAUUCAUCUACAAACGGCAGCAGAAGGAAGGCGAGCAUGUCAACCGCUGUCUGCACGUGAGGUCCUCGCUCCUGGGCUCUGGAGACUGGCAUCAGUAUGAUGAUAUAAUUUGUGUGAAGCACCCUGGGAAUCUUCAGAAACUCAUGGACCACGUCACAGAUAGUACACGGAAAAACUUGGUGAGAGGGAAGCAGAUAGCUGCCAGAGUCAUGCUGGACAGUAUCUUCAGCAUCCUCCAGACUUGGAAUGCCAUCAAUUUAAAGAACUUUUUCACCCAGUUUCAGCAGUUUUAUUCUGUGGUUCGUGUGCCCAUGAUCUAUGAAGGACAGGCACUGCCGUGGACCGCUCUGCACUACACGGAGACGCAGGUGCAGAAAGACCUGUGGAAGUAUUUGGAAGAACAAAUGGCACCAUUUCUAGAAAGAAGUGAGGCCCCUUUGCCUGAAGACUGCCCAGUGAGGAGUAAAUUGAGAAUGGGCCUAAUUGUCCUUUUCUCUGUGGAAAAAUUUAACCUGUCCUUAUUAGAAAGGGACCUGACCUUGCUGUGUGACCUUCUUUGCUCGAAUGCCAAUUCACCAGAUGCCUUUCACCACGACCUAAGUUACAUCUUUGGAACAUCUCAGAGCUGGCAGACACACUUGGUAAACCUGUGCCGAAGGUGCAUGAGCAAAAGGAUUGACCUCUGGGUGUGCACCCUGCCUGUGUUGCACCACUGCCUGGAGCUGGCCCCUCCAGGGAAGGACUCUAGGAUUCAGCCUGAGGACACCUGGGCAGCCCUCGAAGGAAUGUCCUUCUCCCAGUUUCGGGAAGAAAGACCAGAUCAGAGACAAUUGCUUCAGCUUAUGGGAAAGAGAAAACAUUUGCUGAAUGUCGAUGAGUAUCUGUUCCGAUCCUGGUUCAGUUUGCUCCCUCUGAGUAACUUGGUUCAGUAUAUGGAAGACUUCACUGACUACUUGAGUCACUUUCCUCCUCGUGUGCUGGACUGUCUUCUAGGGAGUUACUACCGGCUUCAAGGACUUAACGAAAUCUCCCCCAGAAAUCUGGAGGAUGUGGGGAAUACUCUUAAAAUGCUGUGGCACCUCUUGGAUAUUUAUCAGAACAAGAUUUUUGAGGAGCCUUUGAUACAGUCCUACUUGACUGUGUGCCUGAAACUCCAUGAAACUGUCUGCGGAAUCACAAAAGACCAGGAGUUUUAUGAGAUGCCUGCCUUAUCUGCUGAGAUUGUUUGCAGAAUUAUUAUACUUAAACCUCUAGUGGAUUCAGCAGAAGGGCAGGGACAAGAAACUGGAAAGAAGAAUUCAGUAGAAACAGUCUUCCAGAGCACUCUCACUGCUACCAGACGUUGGCUUCAGAGAAUAUUUAAAAGGAACAUGUUCCAGAGCUCAAAUCAUUCCAGUGUCACUUUCACUUAUCCAGAGGAAAUUACGGUCUGGAGGCGGCUGGUGGAAAUAAACUUCCCUGUGGAGCAUGGCUGGAAGGAGUCCUUGCUGGGGGACAUGGAAGGGAGGCUCAAACAGGAGCAGCCUCUCUCCCAGAUCUCUGUCUUCUGCAACAUCCACUGGGAUGUUGAAGGCUCAGAAGACAGUGUGUCGAAAUGCUUUGAGAAGUGUGUCAUUGAAGCUGUGAGCUCAGCCUGCCAGUCUCAGACCAGUAUCCUUGGGGGAAUCUCUCGUCGAGACCUGCAGAAAUUUGGCACCCUUGUGUCUGCCGUGAUCACUAAGUCGUGGCCGAGAAACAACGGCGAAGCUGUGGAUGACCUGGAUGAGGUUUUAAAGCACCUGCUCACAUGGCCAGACGUCAAGCACCUCUUUAAGUUGUAUGGAACUGAUGAGAAAGUACUAGCAAAUAUUACAGAGGAUGGAAAGAAGUUGAUGGCUACUGCUGACUCUGUGCUCACGAAAGUUACUGAGGACCUCCUGAAUGGAACAAUUUUAGUUGGACGCCUGGAGCUGAUCAUGAGCCACGUGAAUCAAUUUCUCGAAAUCUGGCAAUUAAAGAGAAAAAAUCUUUCACCCCAGGAGAAAAAACAUGAUAUGAAGGAAUUAUUGGAUUGGAGAAGGAGUGAACUGAUAGUUCUAAAGAGAGAGAAAAGAUACGUUGACAGUCUCCUGAAGUUGUGUGGAAGGGUGAAGGACCAGAUCAAAGUGGAUUUUGGAGAGAUCGAAAAAAGACAUUCGGAAGACCUCUGCAGUAAAAGAUUGAAUGAAGCCGUGACAGUGAGGUUGUCACUCAACUUCUCAGACUUGAAGUGGACAACACAUUACAACCUGAGCCCCAAAGUCCUAGAAAUGGCCAGAAAGAUAGACUUGCUAAAGGACAGCCACAUCUUCCAGCUCUUCUGGGCAGAAGCCGCAGAGUCGCUGGGCGAGCCCGGGGAGGAGUCGGAAAGGCAAAUACUUGAGCUUGAAGAGGCAUACGAAGAUCUGUAUCAUCCUUGUAUCAAAAAAUUUAUUAAACUGUAUCAGGAUCUGAAGUCAGGAGAGGUCACCUUUGGGGAAAUAGAUGCCAUCUUCAAAGACUUUGUGAGUAAAUACAGCGACCUUACUUCCGACCUCCGGAUCAUGUGUGCCCUGGAUCCCAAGGACAAAAUGGAUUGGAUCAAGGAACGAGUUGGGCAGAUCAAGGAGUACCAUCACCUGCAUCAGGCUGUUAACUCAGCCAAGGUCAUCUUGAAGGUCAAAGAGAAUUUGGACCUGACGGGUGACUUCCGUGUUCUCCACACUUUAUUAAACUUCACUGACGGCUUUGAGGACUUUCGCCACGAAAAACUGGACCAGAUCAGCCAGCAGCUUAUCCGUGCCAAAAAGCUGUUGGAGGACCUCAGUGAGAGCCGGUGCCAAUGUCUGCGGGAACUGUACCUAAGGAAGGAGUUAAUUACCUGGGUCCGGGAGGCUCUUGGAGGCAUCAACGAACUCAAGGUGUUUGUGGACUUGGCUUCCAUCUCAGCGGGUGAGAAUGACAUUGACGUGGACCGGGUGGCCUGCUUCCAUGACGCGGUGCAGGGCUACGCUCCUCUGCUGUAUAAGCUGGACACGAGUGCAGGUUUCGAUGAGUUCAUGGAACAGCUAAAAGAACUGUGGAAGGCUCUGGAAAAUGACGAGCACCUGCCCAGUAAACUGCGUGACUCUGCCAGGAACUUGGAGUGGCUGCAAACAGUGAGGGAAAGUCAUGGGUCUGUUGAACUCUCAUCCUUGUCGCUGGCAACAGCAAUCAACAGCAGAGGCAUCUAUGUGAUCAAGGCACCCACAGAUGGCCAGAAGAUUUCCCCAGACACGGUUCUAUGUUUAAUCCUUCCUGAGAGCCACGGGGGCCAUCAGGAGGUGCGAGACUACUCCUUAGAAGAGCUGAAGGAGCUUUUAAACAAAUUGAUGCUGAUGUCUGGCAAGAAGGAUCACAACAACGCUGAAGUAGAGCUAUUUUCCGAGGUGUUUUGCAAUGUGCAGAGGCUCGUCCAGUCCUUUAUAAACCUUUACUCUGCUGGAAACAUGCUGUUCAGGGCCUGGAUGGCAGAGGUGUACUGCACCCCCCGGGAGGGCGUGUCCAUCCGGAUGGACUUCCGCUUGGGGCUGGUGAGCCAGCUCACGGAGAGCGGGCCGGUCGCUGAGCUGCUGGAGGCCCUCUGCAGGCAGAUGGAGCACUUCCUGGACCGUUGGAAGAGAUUCGUGACAGAGAAGCGAGCUGAGCACUUUUACCUCAACUACUACACAGCUGAGCAGCUGGUUUACCUGAGCACAGAGCUCAGGAGAGAGACGCCCAGCGACACCACCCUUACCAUGCUGUCCUUCAUCAAAAGUGACUGCACCCCAAGGCACGUCUUCCAGGCCUGCAGGGGGCCCGAUGGCAAGGCCACCAGACACCAGGAGAGGACAGUGAUUGAAGAGUUGCCGCUGAUGCUCUCUUCCAAGUUCAGCCUGUUUGACAAGCUGAAGGUCAUCAUGGAACAGUCGAUGACAUGCAUGAGUGUCUUCCUGCCUCACUGCCUGGAGCUGGAGGGCCUUGGCCGCUGUCUGGCCCACCUGGCGAGGCUGGGUGGGCCUCCCGUGGAGCGGCAGCUCCCAAAAGGCCUGCAGGUCGGCCAGCCCAACCUCAUCGUCUGUGGCCACUCAGAGGUGCUGCCGGUCACCCUGGCCGUCUACAUGCAGACCCCGAGCCAGCCCCUGCCUAGCUAUGACGAGGUGCUGCUCUGCACCCCGGAAACCACGUUUGAGGAGGUGGCGCUGCUCCUGCGCCGCUGCCUGACCACGGGCUCCCGGGGGCACAGGGUGUACAGCCUGCUGUACGCAGACCAGCUGAGCUAUGAGGUGGCCUGCCAGGCGGAGGUGCUCUUCCAGAGCCUGUGCACGCAGCGCCACCAGGAGGACUACCAGUUCGUGAUGGUCUGCGACUGCGAGCGGGAGCACUGCUACCUCCCCUCGGCCUUCAGCCAGCACAAGGUCCUCGUCACCCCCCAGGCGCCCCUGGAGGCCAUCCAGGCCUACCUGGCACAGCAUUACCGGGUCCCAGAGCAGAUUCCUUCAGCCGCCACCGUGUUCAGGGACCGGAUGUGUGUUGGGAUCAUGACCUCGGAGAGAGCGGGUGUUGGAAAGUCUCUCUACGUGAAGAGGUUAUAUGGCAAACUGAAAAUGAAGUUUCAUGGGAAAAAAGUGCCUCUAAAGAUUAUUCGAUUGAUCGACCCUCAGGUGGAUGAGAAUCAAGUCCUGGGCUCUCUGCUGCCCUUCCUGGAUGCCCAGUAUCAGACAAGACCCAUGAUAUUCCACUUCGAUGUGACCUCUUCUGUGCAAACCGGAAUUUGGGUGUUUCUUUUCAAACUCCUCAUCCUACAGUACUUGAUGGAUAUAAAUGGGAAAAUGUGGCGUCGGAACCCGUGCCAUUUAUAUAUCAUUGAAAUCUUGGAAGGGAAUUCAGCACUGCCAAAGAGGUCUUCAAAACUGAACACACGUGCCCCCCAGAUCAGAUUUCUUGACAUCUUCCCAAAAGUCACCUGCCGGCCUCCCAAGGAAGUGAUAGACAUGGAGCUGAGUCCUGAGCAGAGCCACAGAGAGCCAGGAAUGGAUCAGGAAGAGUUCUGCAGCGAAACUUUCCAGAGACCUUACCAAUAUUUAAAACGGUUCCAUCAGAAACAAAACCUAGACACAUUCCAAUACCAGGAACGCUCUGUUGAAGGCACCCCUGAGGAAUGCAUCCAGCAUCUCCUGAUUUACUGUGGGGUGAUAAACCCAUCCUGGUCAGAACUCCGGAACUUCGCCUGUUUCCUGAAUUAUCAGCUCAAAGAUUGUGAGGCCUCUCUCUUCUGUGAUCCGAGUUUUACUGGAGACACACUGAGGGGCUUCAAGAACUUUGUGGUUACCUUCAUGAUCUUCAUGGCAAGAGAUUUUGCCACACCAACUCUUCACACAUCUGACCAAAGCCCAGGGAAGCACAUGGUCACCAUGGACGGGGUGAACGAAGAAGAUCUAGCCCCUUUUUCUCUCCGAAAGAGGUGGGAGUCAGAGCCCCAUCCGUACGUGUUCUUCAACAGUGACCACACAUCCAUGACAUUCAUAGGCUUCCAUUUCCAGAACAACCAGAAUGGCAGUGUGAAUGCUAUCGAUCACUUGAGUAGGAAGGUAAUCAAGAAGGACGUCAUGGCGAUGGAACUGUACCAGGGGCUGUUGCUUCAGAGGGUGCCCUUCAAUGUUGACUUUGAUAGGCUGCCCAGACAUGAGAAGCUUGAAAAGCUCUGCCUGGCGUUAGGGAUCCAGUGGCCCAUUGACCCUGAUGAAACAUAUGAGCUCACAACGGACAAUAUGCUUAAGAUCCUUGCCAUUGAGAUGCGGUUCCGGUGUGGGAUCCCCGUUAUCAUCAUGGGAGAAACUGGCUGUGGGAAAACCAGACUCAUUAAAUUCCUUAGUGACCUGCGGCGUGGGGGUGCUGAUGCUGAAACCUUGAAGUUGGUCAAGGUCCAUGGGGGAACAACAGCAGACAUGAUCUACUCCAAAGUCAGGGAGGCGGAACGACUUGCCCUCCUCAAUAAGGACCAACAUCAGUUGGACACCAUCCUGUUCUUUGACGAAGCCAACACAACAGAAGCUAUAAGCUGUAUCAAAGAAGUCCUGUGUGAUCGUACAGUGGGUGGCGAGCCCCUGGCUAAGAACUCUGGCUUGCAUAUCAUAGCGGCCUGCAACCCUUACCGGAAGCACUCCCAGGAGAUGGUCUGCCGCCUGGAGUCGGCUGGUUUGGGCUACAGGGUUAGUGCAGAGGAGACGACUGACAGACUUGGCUCCAUCCCUCUGAGGCAGUUGGUGUACCGAGUCCAUGCUCUGCCACCGAGCCUGAUUCCUCUGGUGUGGGACUUUGGACAGCUGAAUGACACCACAGAGAAGCUCUAUAUCCAGCAAAUUGUCCAGAGACUGGUGGACUCCACGGCAAUAGAUCAGGACGAGACUCAUGUGAUCGCAGAAGUGCUCUCGGCCUCUCAGGGUUUCAUGAGGAGAAGAGACAAUGAAUGCAGUUUCGUUAGCCUCCGGGAUGUGGAGCGCUGCGUCAGAGUUUUCAGAUGGUUUUACGACCACAGUGAGAUGCUCUUGUCAAAGCUGGACUCCUUUCUCUGCAAGUCCAAUGUUGACAGAAACGACCUUGAGAGAGAUCCUGUCCUCUGGUCCCUGGUGCUGGCCAUCGGGGUAUGCUAUCACGCCUCUUUAGAAGAGAAGGAGUUGUAUCGGAGAGACAUUUGCAGGUUCUUUCCAGAACCCUAUAAUGACAGCAAGGUCAUUCUGGAUGAGAUAACUCAAACACAGGAUCUUUUUCUGAGUGGUGUGUCUCUGAGGAAAACCAUCGCCAAGAACUUGGCUUUGAAGGAGAAUGUCUUCAUGAUGGUUAUUUGCAUUGAGCUUAAGAUUCCUCUCUUCCUAGUGGGGAAGCCUGGCAGCUCCAAAUCUCUCGCCAAGACCAUAGUGGCAGAUGCCAUGCAGGGCCAGGCCGCUCCCUCGGACCUCUUCCGGAGCCUGAAGCAGGUCCACCUGGUGUCCUUCCAGUGCAGCCCCCAUUCCACCCCACAAGGCAUCAUAGGCACCUUCAAGCAGUGUGCCCGCUUCCAGCAGGGGAAGGACCUGCAGCAGUACGUCUCCGUGGUGGUGCUGGAUGAGGUGGGACUGGCAGAAGACUCACCCAAAAUGCCCCUGAAGGCUCUGCACCCCCUGCUGGAAGAUGGGUGCAUUGAAGACGAUCCUGCUCCCCACAAAAAGGUUGGCUUCAUAGGCAUUUCCAACUGGGCCCUGGACCCUGCCAAGAUGAACCGGGGUAUUUUUGUGUCACGUGGCAGCCCCAGUGAGAAAGAGCUCAUAGAGAGCGCCAAGGGAAUUUGCUCUUCAGAGCCCCUCGUUCGAGAAAGAAUCCAAGGAUACUUUGCAUCCUUUGCCAAAGCCUAUGAAACAGUAUGUCAGAAACAAGACAAGGAAUUCUUUGGGCUUCGCGACUACUACAGCCUCAUCAAAAUGGUCUUUGCCACGGCAAAACAUUCUAAUAAAAAGCCUUCCCCACAAGAUAUUGCACAGGCCGUCCUCCGGAACUUCAGUGGCAAAGAUGACAUCCAUGCUGUGGACAUUUUUACAGCCAAUUUACCUGAGGCAAAAUACUCGAAAGAAGUCAGCACCAUGGAGCUGAUCAAGCAGAACAUGUGCGGUGAUCUUCAGAAGGCGUCGGGCAGACAGCUGGAAGACUCCGAGUCCCGAUACUUACUGGUGCUGACCAGAAACUAUGUGGCCCUGCAGAUCUUGCAGCAGACUUUGUUCAGUGAGGACCAGCAGCCAGAGAUUAUUUUUGGUUCCAGUUUUCCCAAGGACCAAGAGUACACCCAGAUCUGCAGAAAUAUCAACCGAGUGAAAAUCUGCAUGGAAACUGGCAAGAUGGUGAUACUGCUCAAUCUGCAGAACCUCUACGAGAGCCUCUAUGACGCGCUCAAUCAGUACUACGUCUACCUCGGGGGUCAGAAGUACGUGGACCUUGGUCUGGGGACCCAUCGGGUCAAAUGUCGGGUUCACCCAGACUUCCGCUUGAUAGUCAUUGAAGAGAAAGAUGUCGUCUACAGACAUUUUCCCAUUCCACUUAUUAACCGGCUGGAGAAGCACUAUCUGGAUAUCAACACCGUUUUGGAGAAAUGGCAGAAAACCAUCGUGGAAGAUCUCAAGAUCUGGGUGGAGAAAUUCAUAGAUGGGAAGGCAGAUCAGUUUCUAGUCAGAUACAAAUACAGCCCUUCUGACGUCUUCAUUGGCUACCACUCAGACACUUGUGCCUCUGUGGUGCUCCAGGUCAUAGAGAGGCUAGGUCACAGGGUCUUGACUGAUGAAUUCUACCAGAAGGUAUCUGAGGAGGCCAAGCUGGUACUGCUGGAUUGUGCCACGCCUGAUGCUGUGGUUCGGCUGAGGGCUUCCUCACUGGGCCUGUUCACUGCACAGACUCUGUCACAAGAAUACUAUUACAAGCAGCAACAUAACUCCUUUGCAGACUUCCUUCAGGCUCACCUUCACAGGAUGGAUCUGGGACGCCAUGCUGUCUUCACAGAGAUCACCACUUUCUCCAGACUGCUAACCAGUCGUGACUGUGAAAUUUUAGAAUCAGAAGUAAAGGGCAGGGCUCCAAAACCCACGAUCCUGUGGCUGCAGCAGUUUGACACUGAGUACUCGUUCCUCAAAAAAGUCCGAAACUGCUUAGCUAACACAGCCAGAUGUAAAAUCCUCAUUAUUCAAACAGAUUUUGAAGAUGGAGUUCAUAGCGCUCAGCUCAUCGCCUCAGCUAAGUAUUCUGCUAUAAAUGAAAUCAAUAAGAUACAAGGAAACAAGGACUGUAUCUUAGUCUAUUUCAUCACCAAACUGUCCCGGAUGGGAAGUGGAACGUCCUAUGUCGGAUUUCAUGGAGGGCUCUGGCAGUCUGUGCACAUCGAUGACCUCCGGAGAUCCACCGUCAUGGUUUCGGAUGUGACUAAACUGCAGAACGUGACCAUCAGCCAGCUGUUUAAGCCAGAAGAUGAACCUGAGUGCGGCAGAAACGGAAGGCUUGAUUGUCUCUAUCAGCAGAUGCAGGUGCUGGACACCACCAGACUGCUGAGAAGCUGCAUACAAAGUGCUGUGGGCAUGCUCAGAGACCAGAAUGAGAGCUGCCAACGCAGUAUGAGGAGGGUGGAGAUUCUUUUCAGCCUCUUGAAUGAAGACGAUGAAUGCAGAGCCACCUUCUUACGGGUAUCCAAGAUGCGCCUCUAUGUCCUUUUAAGGAAGCAAGAAGAGAACUACCUCCACAAUAUGAAGGAAUGGGUGGUGAGGGAAGCCUCGAAUCAGGACGCUCUCCAGGAGGCAGGCACGUUCAGGCAUACCCUCUGGAAGCGGGUCCAGGGCACGGUGAUACCUCUCCUGGCGAGCAUGAUAUCUUUCAUCGACAGAGAUGGCAAUCUUGAGCUACUGACCAGGCCAGGUGCUCCAUCCUGGAGAAGAGAUCUUUGGAUGUUUAUUUUCAGUGACAUUAAGCUUCUGAACAUUCCUCUUGUGACAAAUGAUACAAGAUCUAAAAGUGAGAUGUCCUAUGUCAUGGUGCAGAACUAUAUGAACCUUGCAGAGGGCUUCUCCAAUGACGUGCCUUUUAGCUGGCGAAUCAAGGACUAUCUGGAAGAACUGUGGGUCCAGGCUCAGUACAUCACAGGAGCUGAAGAGUCGCCAGAGAUGUUAACGGAAGUCUUUCAGCAGACUCCUCUGGGCAGGUUUCUUGCUCAGCUCAGUGCAGAACAGCAGCAAGAACUUCUUCAGUGCUACUUGAAGGACUUCCUUCUCUUGACCAUGAGAGUGUCCACUAGGGAAGAAUUAAAGGUCCUGCAGACGGCUCUGUGGUCCUGCAUCAAUCAACUGAAAGCAGGAGGACCAGAAGAGCAGAUUUCCUUACCAUGGGUGCACCUUGCCUAUCAGCACUUCAGGAGCCGGCUACAGAACUUCUCCAGAAUCCUGACUAUCCACCCCGAAAUUCUGCACAGCCUAAUGGAAGCCCCAUGGAACCACUGCUUGGCUGGACAUGAGAUGACUCUGGAUGCAUUCGCAGCGGUGGCCUGUGCUGAAAUGCUGACCAGAGACAUCCUGAAGCCCAGUCCCCAGGCGUGGUUACAGAUGGUGAAGAAUCUGUGCAUGCCGCUGGAACUCCUCUGCUCAGACGGGUACAUGCGAGGCAGUGGGAGCGUGACCGAAGCUGUCAUCAGGGAAGUCAGAACCCACUGGAAUCGCAUUUUUUCCAUCGCACUCUUUGUGGAGCAUGUGCUGUUGGGGACCGAGAGCCAGAUUCCUGAGCUGCGCCAGCUGGUGACCAAGUACGUCUUCUUACUCAACAAGUGUCUGCAAGAGAACUCUGACAUCAAGACCCACAGGCCUUUCAUCGCUGUGGUGACUACUCUUCGUGAAUGUAAGGACCAGGCCAGCAAGACCUUCACUAGGUUUGGGGUUCAGCCGUGCCCCAUCUGCCUGGGAGAUGCACGGGAUCCCGUCUGCCUGCCCUGUGACCACGUCUACUGCCUGGGUUGCGUCAACACCUGGCUCGGCAUGGGGCAGAUGAGUUGCCCCUUGUGUUUAACCGAGUUGCCAGAGGGCUUCUCUCCGACAGUUUCCCAAGAGUACAGGGAUGCCGUUGAGAAACACGCCUGCUUCCGGCAGAUGUGCAACAGCUUCUUCAUAGACCUGGUUUCCACUCUGUGCUUCAAAGAUAAUUCUCCACCACAGAAGGAUGUGAUCGAGGUUCUGCUGUCUUUACUCUUUGUACAAAAGGAGCUCUUAAGAGAUGCUCCCCAAAGACACCGUGAACACACAAAAUCUCUGUCUCCGUUUGACGAUGUUGUGGAUAAGACCCCUGUCAUUCGCUCCGUGGUUCUGAAACUGCUUUUGAAGCACAGCUUCCAUGAAGUGAAAAGUUAUAUUCAGGAGUACUUGUCCCUGUUAGAAAAGAAACCAUUUAUAACUGAAGAUAAAACUGAACUGUACAUGCUCUUUAGUAACUGCCUGGAGGAUUCAAUACAUGAGAGGAAGAGUGCUUCCUCCAUAAGUGAUGAAUUGAAAUACCUAAGAGAAGAAGGUCAUUUCCUCGAGACUUAUUUGUCAGGGAGACGCAGCAGAAAACCUGCUAAGGAGGCGUCAGUUGAAUACCUGCAGGAGAUGGCCAGGAUCCGCCUCUGUCUUGACAGGGCUUCUGACUUCCUCUCUGAGCUUCGGGAAGGCUCAGAGAUGGCUGAGGAGAAGCGAUGCUACCUGCGGCAGGUUGAGCACUUCUGUACCCAGGUAAAGAAUGACUGGUACCGAGUGUACCUGGUGAGGAAGCUCACCAGCCAGCAAGGGAUGGAGUUUGUGCAGAACCUCUCCAAACAGGGCCAUCCGGCCCAGUGGGUGUUUCCCAAGGAAGUCAUUGCACAGCAGAAGGACCAUCCAGGCCAGAUGGAUCGAUACCUGGUGCAUGGUGCUGAAUAUAAGGCUCUUCGCGAUGCCAUGGGCAAAACCAUCCUCGAGUGCAAGCCCCUGGCUCUUGUGACUGCUCUGAAGGCCUGCAGGAACUCCAAAUCUCAACAGGCAGUCCACUUACUCUUAGCCCUUUUCAGAGAGGUCACUGUUUUGUACAGAUCCUGCAAUGCAAACCUCCAUCUUAAGCCAGAGCAAUGUGAGGCUGUGAACCAGUUCAUCGAGGAAAGCAAGCUCCUCUCUCCUCCUGAGGUCAGGCGUUUUGCAACAUCCCUUGUGACCAAUACUCUCCCACUGCUGAGGACGGGUCCCAGAGUCAGCAGCCUUGAAGGGACAGUGACAGAAAUGGCUAUUCAUGCUGCAACCAUCCUUCUCUGUGGACAAAACAAAGUCUUGGAACCCCUAAAGAAUUUGGCCUUCUCCCCAGCCAACAUGGCGAAUGCUUUUCUUCCAACGAUGCCCGAAGACUUGCUGGCUCAAGCUAGGACUUGGGAGGGUCUGGAAGGAGUCCGCUGGUACACAUGUCCCAACGGUCACCCAUGCUCUGUAGGAGAGUGUGGCAUGCCAAUGGAACAGAGCUCUUGUGUUGACUGUGGUGCUCUAAUUGGAGGGAUUAAUCAUCAGCCAAAGCAAGGAUUCAAAGUGAUCCAAAACGGCAUAGACAGAACUCAAACUGGCCACGUGCUGGGGAACCCGCCACCCAGAAGCGAGACGGUGGUAUCUGACCGAGAGCUGUCUCCAGUGGUCUUCCUUCUCAUCCGAUUACUCACUCAUCUGGCUAUGCUUUUGGGAGCUGCCCAGAGCCCCCAGGCUCUGAUAAACAUCAUUAAGCCUGCAGUGAGGGAUCCAAGAGGAUUUCUGCAGCAGCAUAUCGAGAGAGACUUGGAGCAGUUAAUCAAGACGCUGGGGAAGAGCGCCGAUGAGACGGUCACCGUGGUGCACCUGGUCCUGUGCAGCCUUCUCAAGGAGCAGCGCCCCCUCUCCGGCCAGAGGCCUUUAAAUUUUGAUGCAGUAUUGUCAACCAAAGAAAAGAGAAACAACUGGGAAAAGCUUGCUGAGACUCUUAUUUUACCUGCACUAGAGCAUCUAGAUAAAACCCUCCUGACAGUGAAUACACUCAUCAGCCAAGAUGAGCGGAUCAGCUCCAACCCUGUGGCCAAAAUCGUCUUCAGUGACCCAGUGGCCUUCCUGCCCCACCUGCCCCAGAAUAGCGUGGUUCACUGCUCCAGGAUGUGGAGCUGCAGGAAAAGAAUCACCGUUGAGUACCUCCAGCACAUCGUGGAGCAGAAAAAUGGCAAAGAAACAGUGCCCAUCCUCUGGAAGUUUCUCCAGAAGGAGGCGGAACUGAGACUGGUGAAAUUCUUGCCUGAGAUUUUGGCCCUGCAAAGGGAUCUAGUGAAACGAUUCCAGAAUGUUUCGGAAGUUGAAUACAGCUCCAUCCGAGGUUUUAUUAGCAGUCACAGUUCAGGUGGGUUGAAGCAGUUAUUCCACAACAGAAUCACUGUCUUUUUGUCGACAUGGAAUAAACUCAGGAGGUCACUUGACACCAAUGGUGAAAUCAAGCUACCUGAAGCCUACUGCAGCACCGACUUAGAUCUCGACACUGACUUCGAGGUCAUUCUGCCGCGUCGCCGGGGCCUGGGCCUCUGUUCCACCGCCUUAGUCAGCUACCUGUUUAACCUGCACAAUGAAAUGGUCUACACGGUGGAGAAGUUCUCCAAGGAAAACAACAGCUAUUCCGUUGAUGCCUCUGAGGUGACUGACCUACAUGUCAUCAGUUACGAAGUGGAGCGGGACCUGACUCCACUGAUUCUCUCCAACUGCCAGUAUCAAGUGGAGCAGGGUGGAGAGACCUUGCAGGAGUUUGACCUGGAGAAGAUCCAGCGCCAGAUCACCAGCCGGUUCCUCCAGGGCAAACCCAGGCUGACCCUCAAGGGAAUACCCACUUUGGUAUACAGACGUGACUGGAACUACGAACAUCUCUUUAUGGGCAUCAAGAACAAAAUGCCACAGAACCCCCUCCCCAACGCGGUCAUCAGCGCCAUCAGUGGACAGCUGCAGUCCUACAGUGAUGCCUGUGAAGCUCUGUCUGUCAUAGAAGUCACUUUGGGGUUUCUGAGCACGGCUGGUGGGGAUCCGAACAUGCCCUUGAAUGUGUAUAUACAAGACAUGCUGCGAAUGAGUGAUCAGAUAACGCUGGUUUUAAAGGACUUACACAGAUGUCAGUUAAGACACGUCAUUGCCCUCUGGCAGGUCCUCUCUGCUCAUAAGUCCGAACAGCUGCUGCGCCUGAAAAAAGAGCCAUUUGGGGAAAUCAGUUCAAAGUACAAAGUCGAUCUCAGCCCAGAGGAUGCUAAGCUCCUCAUCACUUUCCUGAAUCACAUCAGCCUGGACACCUUUCUCCUGGAGCUUCAUGAAAUGAUGAUCUUGAAACUGAAGAACCCCCAGACUGAGGAGGAUUUCAACCCUGAGUGGAGCCUGAGAGACACUCUAGUAAGUUACAUGGAAACGAAAGAGAAUGAAAUUCUUCCUGAAGUGGAAUUUCAGUUCCCAGAAAAGAUACUGCUCUCCAAUUGUGUCUCUGUGUGGAAAAUGGCUGCUGAACUGAAAUGGGAUCGACAAAUGAGAUAGACUAAUUUCCUCAGCACUGUCUCUGCUUAAGACGGGGCGAAAAGGCUCUUUCCUCCUCACCCAUGGGAUGGGCUCCAUCAUGGACUGUUGCCUUUGUGAGUGCUUAGAAGGAAAGCUGUUGGCAUACCGCUAAACUGAAGACCAAGAUGUGCUGUACUGGCUGACAGCUUUUUGAGAGCCAAGCUGUUUCAAAAACAUGUGUAUAUUCCAGAACUUUCUCAUCAUAUUACAAAUACUGUUCAUGAGGUGGCGAGAAUUGAAGAUUACAUGGAAAUGGGAAUAAACCACCUUCCUUUACAUUCCAGGGGAGACCGAAAACGCAGCUUCUCAGCUUCACAUGUAGGAGUGGCCUCUCAGGCCUCCCAGCCUCCUAACAUGCACACACCCAGCCACCAGGCCCUCUUCCUCUGACUGCCACACAGAGGGAGGGAAAUGGGGUUAUUAAUUUUUGCUUCUUUUAGUUUUUUCUGAUUUAUUCUGCACUCACAGAAGAGAAGCUGUCUUUCUUCCAUUCCUUUAAAUUCUGAGUAUUGCACAAAUAUUUCUAGGUUUCCCAGAAGAUGUAAAAAAGUGCCAGACUCUUUUUUUUUUUUUGUCUUCUCACAAAUACAAGACAAGUCUGGGCAUUCUGUGAGUGCCUAGAGGCCAAACUAACCAGACCUCACCCAGGUUCCCAUAAUGAGUCACUGCCAAAUUUCUAGGGUCAGAGCCAAAAAGCUCUCAUUGUGAAGAGCACUGGACUAAGAGCCAGGGACACUUUGGGGUGUUAGUUUCCUCAUCUAUAAGAUGAAGGGACUGGAGUGAUGGCCAAAUUUCCUUCCUAUUCUAGUAGAUUCUAAAUGAAAGUUUGUCAGUGUAAACUUGGAUCAGAGGCAUGGUUCCAGCAUUCCUGUGGGAAGUUUGUGACUGUCUAGCAUUCUACCAAAUAAACAUGUGGUCUUAGUGUGA